AUGCGGAAACGAAAAUCAACUGAAGAAGAAUCGAAAGACGAGGCCAAACAAUCGUUGUUGAGUUCUGGAUCAAAAGCUGAAGAUGAAUCAAAUGAGCUGAGCCCAGAGGUAAAACGCGAAAAGAACUCGGAAAAACAAGUCUCAGAUAAAGAAGAAAAUUACCAUGAAACGAAGAAGCGUAAGGUAGGGUAAUAUUGUUUUUUUUUGUAGUUCACGUUAUUUAUUGGAAUAAUUUUUUUUAUUUUUGAGUUUUCAACGGAAUUUUUGGUGUUUUACAGUUUUUUUAACCUUGCUUUACAUUGUUUUAUUGGGUAAAUGGAACGGAAUUAUGUUUUUUUUAAUGUUAAAACGUGAGAUUUAUAUAAUAUAAAUGUUAUUCUGCAUAAUAUAUAUGUCGGUUUAUAUUACUUUAGGUAUUUUUGCUUGCUUUCUCUCAGUUUUUUGCUUCAUUUUCGAAAUACUUUAUAUUAUUCAUGAUGUCAAACGUUUCAGAAGCGGUUUGGAGCUCUGUUGGGCGAUAAACAUGGCCAUAGUCCUGAAGAUGAUCCAGAGUAUUUGUGUUGUUACAACUUUAGGAUUCAUGUAAGUUUAAUUUGAGGUUAUUGCUUUUUUAUUCUAGGCAGAAAGUAGCUGGAAAAGACGAGUUAAGACCAACUUUGUUCAUGUUAGCUAAACACGCGUUAUGUCUUUUGUAUUUCGGUCAAAUUAUGUCUUUUGUAUUUCUGUCAAAAAGUUCUCAGAAAACAUAGAAGCUCUUAUUUAUGAUAAGUAAAGUUAUUACCUAAAAUUUUGAUUUUUUCAGUUUGUGGUAUUCAUAAUGGCGUGCAUAUUCGGAGCGAUCGCGUUCUGUGGCUUUGUGGAGCGAUUUUGCACUUAUCUUUCGGAUCCAGAUGACAGUAGAAAGACGGUGGAGUUAUUGUUUAUCGUACUGGUUGUUUCGUUGGCAAAUGGAUGCUUGAUCCUUGGCAAUCGAUUCAGGUUUAAACAGUUGUACCACAUGUACUUUCUUUUACUGGUAAGUUUUUGUUGUUUCUUUCGCUUGUAAAUUUAGUUUUGGGACAGCACGCUCUUGCUAAUACAAUGCUGUUGAUUUGUUAGUCUUGCUAAAGCAAUGUUAUGCAUCGACUAGUGGUCUAACAAAUUUCAUUUUGAGUUUAAUAUAGCAAGAGUUUCCUUUGCCAAGUCAUACAAUAACAUUACGUUACAGAUGGGCAGUGUCAUCGGCAUAUUGGUAUUCAUGGACCAAUACCUCAAGGUUACCAUCGACGCCCUAAUUCAAGACCCACGUUACCUACAGACUGAAAAAGAACUGUGGGAAGCGUUUUAUUGGGCGUUGCCACGACUAUUCAAGGCCUUCUUCACUUCUCUGGUGCUGAUAUUACAUGUGAUGAUCACAUUCUAUGUAUAUCGCGAUUACUGCUUUGUCGUCGCUUAUCCCAACGAAUAUAAACAUAAUUAUUAA